AAAAAAAAAAAAAAAAAAAAACAUGAAUCGAAUAUUUGGCACUACAAAGAAAGCACCCAAACCGACGUUAAAUGACGCUAUCUCAUCGGCUGAUGUACGUGCUGAUGCUGUUGAAGUCAAAAUCAGAAAGUUAGAUGCAGAACUGACAAGGUAUAGAGAUCAAAUGAAAAAAAUGAGAGAAGGUCCAGCAAAGAAAUCGGUACAACAAAAAGCAUUACGUGUUCUAAAACAACGAAAAUUGUAUGAAGCACAAAGAGAGAACCUGCAACAACAAUCUUUUAAUAUGGAACAAGCACAAAUGACAACAGAGAAUUUACGAAGUGUAAUGGCUACUGUGGACGCGAUGCAAACAGCAAACAAAGAAAUGAAACGACAAUACAAGAACGUGAACUUGGAUAAAAUUGAUUCAUUACAAGAUGAAAUGGAAGACUUAUUAGCACAAGCAAGUGAAGUACAAGAAACUCUUGGAAGAUCAUAUAAUCUACCAGAUGACGUUGAUGAAGAGGAUUUGGAAGCAGAAUUGGAUGCUCUUGGUGAUGAAUUGAAUUUUGAAGAUGAAGAAAUACCAUCUUAUUUACAAGAAGAACAACCUGUUGACUUACCAAAGGCGGCUGAAACUGAUCCUAAUAAACACGACGAAUUGGAUGAAUUUGGAUUACCGGUUGGAGCGGAAGCACCUUUGAAGGCAUAGGAUUAGUUAUUAUCAUUUGGACCCUUCUUUUUUAUAUAUUAUAUAUAUACUUAUAUAUCAUUAUUGUUUCAUUGUUUUUAUUUACCGCACCUUUUUUUUUUUUUUACUCCCUUAAAAUACUAUUAUUAUUAUCACCCAUCCUUUUGCAUAGUCUUAUUUGUGCAACAAUGAUUUUUUAUAUAUUAAAAGAGUAAAACAGUUUUUUUUUUGAUUUUUUUUUUUGUUGUUUUUAUUUGUC